UUAAAUCUCAACCCAUUUAAUUGAAUUCCACUGAUUUUAUUAACUAAAGUCUACAUUGAUUAACUAUCAUCAUCUUCAUCGUCAUCACUUCAUCUUCCUCCUCUUGAUCAUCAUCAUCAUCAUCACAUCGUCAUCAUCUCUCUCCCCCUUUUCCUAUCUUUCUCCAUCAUCAUCAUCAUCAUCAUCCUCCCAACAGUUAGUCAACCUCAGUAUCUUCAAGUGAUAACUUCAGUUAUCAUCAUCUUUACAUUGUUAAUUAUUUAGUAUCAUUGUGUUAAUUAAUCAACAGUAAUCAUCUUGAGCAAAAAUUGAUUACACGAUGAGAAAAAUAAACAAUUAAUUUCAAAUGCUGAGUUACAAUCAGUUAAUCAAACUAACUAAUUUGAUGAUGAAACUUGUGACCGGAAACAAAUCAAGUAUUUGCUAAUCAAAAUGCUCAUUAAUUAGUGUUGAUGAUUAAAGAAUCACAUAUUGGUGAUCAAAGUGAUUAAGUUAAUUGUUAUCAUGGGUUACACCUUACCAGUCAAUUUGGUGGUAAGUAAUUCUCACUCUAUGAUAAUUGGAUCAUCUUCAUUGUCAAAUUCAACUUCAUCUUCCACCUCAACCGGAUCAUCUUCAUCUUCACCUUCAUCUUCAUCAUUAACUUCAUCCGCAUCAUCAUCUGCCUCUCAUUCAUCAGCUGAUUAUCAUCAACACAUGGAUACUCAUCAUCUCGCCCCUCAAUACAUUGUGGACAGUAUUCACAAUACCAAUGGUACUGUUUCCCUCCGUUUGCCGCUCGGCUAUACAAUAGUCGAGGUCGCAGUGGCCAUUUUGGCCUUUUUUGGUAAUUUAUUGGCGAUAAUUGUUUUCAUUCAAGAUCGUCGACUUCGUAAGGUCACUAAUUUUUACAUUGUUAGUCUUUCCCUUGCCGAUCUACUUGUCGGCCUUGUCGGUGUUCCCUCGGCCAUUUCAACGCGAAUUGGACUUCCUCGAGAUGCGUUCACCGGGUGUCUCACAAUGUUGUCCCUUCUCGUGGUACUUUGUACCAUCUCGAUACUCAAUCUGGUCGCUGUGUCACUCGAUCGACUCUGGGCCAUUUUAUAUCCGCUUAAUUAUCACUCGCGAAUGUCAAGCUCAGCGGCGAGAAUAAUUAUAAUUACCUGUUGGAUUAUCGGUGCACUGGUCGGGUUUUUGCCGCUUUUCGGCUGGAAUAAUGGACCUAAUCGGUCGCACGAAUGUUUCUUUCUCUCGAUUAUGGAUUACGAUUUUCUCGUCUUCUUAUUUUUUGCUACGAUUGUUUUUCCAGCGUUAAUUAUGUUUUUUGCUUACCUGAGGAUCUACCUGGUGGUGAUUCGCACUUCAACCUUGUUUGAUAAAAAUGGUUCAAAAAGAUCAGGGAACAAUUUAAUUAAACAGAAUAACAAUAAUAAUAAUUAUCCUCACAAUUGUGGAUCAACAUCAUCUUCAUUAUCUGGUAAAUUAUAUCAUCAUUAUCAUCAUCAUGCUAAUCAAAAUUAUCAUCGACAAUAUCUCAACAAUCAAUCAGCAUCAUCUUCAUCCUCAUCACCACCACAAUCAACAUCAACAACAACAACAACAAUAACCAAUGAUUCAAUUAAAACAACAAUUAAAUCAAGUUCCUGUCGUAGUUGUGAAAAUUGUUUAAUCAUGAUGAGAUUAUCAUCAAAAUGUUCAGAUAAAUCAUCACCACAAUCAACAAUUAACGGAUCAAUUGAAUCAUAUGAUCAAAGGAGAUUAACAUCAACAAGUUACCACCGGAGGGAAGUUAAAAAGGCCAGAAAAUUAGCAAUUAUCGUUAUAUUUUUCAUGCUCUGUUGGAUUCCCUUGUAUUUGAAUAAUACCCUGGAGGCAUUUUUCAGCCUUCGACAGCCCGAUUGGCUGGUGGACACUUUCAUUGUCCUCUCUCACCUUAAUUCCGCUGUUAAUCCACUUCUAUAUGCUUAUCAUAUGAAAGAUUUUCGGGAAUCAAUGAAACUUUUAUUGUGUCGGUGUAUUUUCAAACCAACGGGACUACGUGAUCAUCACCGACGACAAGAGUUAAUUACCGUUAGUGGUAAACAAUCAGCGUCACAAUUACAACAGUACAACAAUCAACUAACUCAUAAUCAGCAACAAGCAUCAUCUCAAGUUAAACAAUCAACCGAUUAUCAUCAAACUACCAAUGCAUCAACAUCUAAACAAUUUGAUCAAAGGCAACAAUUAACUGGCCACAAUUUAUGGACCCAAUCAACUAAUACUCCAAACACUUCACCGGAACAUGAAAUGAUUAACAAUUUAAACAGUAUUAAUAAUAUUGAAAUCAACAGUGAUAGAUAUUAAUUGUUGAUUAAC